GUCUUUCAAACAUAUAAUUUUAGCGUAUUUUUCCUAAUUAAUAAUACAUUAAGAUUACAAUGAAUAUUUUAAGGCUAAAUGAACAGGAAUGGAAAAACUCAAGCUCGUCAAUCAUUAAUAAUAAACACAUAAAAACUUGGUUGAAGAAAAUCGAAAGUGUUUUACAGGUUUAAAAAAAACAGCAUACCAAUAAAACCUUUGUUACAUUAUUGAGCCCUAUUUAUAAAGCACAGAUUACUAGGACACACCGAAAAGUAUUCUUAAAAAUACAUUAUUUGUAGGCUUUUACAAGCGUCUUUGUGUGACCUAGUCGAAGACAAUACAGUCCUUUGUAUCUAUCGGCAAUUUAAUCUUAGGGUUUUUUAUUGUUUUAACUUUAGAGAUGAAUUAUCAGAUACAAAUAUGUUGGUACGACAAGUUAUAAUAAACAAAGACUCCUUAGUUUGUCAUUUUAAUACAAAUAUUAGCCGAACUGGGCCGUUAAGAAUAUAAUAUUGAUUUAGUUACCGUGGUCACUACUAGUCUUGAGAACUCGCAUAAAAAAUUAAUAACUGAGUUAGAAUAGUCAACGAAAGGUCAAAUAUUUUGGCGGGAUAUUUUGUUAGCCACCUAAAUUAUUACUCUUUUGCCACAGAUAAAAUAUCGAAACAUAAAAUUUUCAUUAAAAAAAUUGUUAUUUUUCACAGCUUCAAUAUGUUUUGUUCUAUUCUAUAUAUAAAAAAAACAAUUUUAACAUUUGUCGCCAAUUAAAGAAUCUACUUAUUGAAAUACCACCCCUUGAAAACUUGACCAUUGGGUUGCAACGCAGCAUCUGCUCUUAAACCCCGCAUUGUGCCGUCAUUCUGUAUGCAUAUUAUUAUAAUCGCCAACUCCAUUGUCAUUUGCGGACCCUUCGUUAACGUUGGACACUGCUAGUUAGGACCUUUUAACUCUAAAGCUAUUACUAAGUUACGGCUCAGAUAAAGCAACGCGCUCUUUAAGUCAUCAAUGUAGGCAAGGCGCGCUGAUCGAUUCCUGCCGGAACCAGGGCUGCAUACAAUUAAACACCCUCAUUUACGUCUGGUCAAUGACAGCCCCGUUUUAAUCAAUAACUUCUUUUCGCGCUCGGCGUCCUUGGAUUUUUUCCCCGGCGCGACUUUUUCUGCGCGUAUUUCGUUCAUUAUGUGUCAAUCGGGCCGCGAUAAUUUUUUCGGCGAGAUACUCCGAUAUCGCGCCUUACCUCGUUUUCGUCGAUUCCGCAAAAAGCUCAGCAAAAAAGGCAAAAGCUCGGCCAAAAAAUCGUCUACCGAACAGUAUCUCGUAUCGGCGGUCUUGUAGCCAUUUUAAUUAUUAUUUAAUGCCGAGGGACAAGCACGUGGCGAAGCGCGCCGUCUCGCUUCCCCUACAGCCCGGUAUGCGUCCCGACCUCUACCAUCCCCCUCGCACCCAGCCCACUUACACACAUAAAAAUCGUGAAUAAUAAAAAAAUGUGUACACAUUUUUUUCGCUUAGCCACCGCUCGGCUGUGUGCGUGCGGCCUCACGCCGUCGGAGCGAGAGGCCACUAGCAGACAGUGCGAUGCAAACUGUUCCCCCUCUCCGUUUUUUAAGCUCCGCUGUUAAUGUUUGCGUCCGUGUGAUUUUUUUCGUUUUUAUGUGUUAGUGUACCCCUCGCGCGGUGUAGUUCGCUUUUUCUACUAUAGAUCUGAAUUUCAGUCUUGUUUUUGCCGCGUCGGUCUAAAGGCGGGCGAGCGGGCGUUUUGUAUUGCAUUUUUGUGAUGAGAUCGGGCGCUAGUUGCUCGUAGCGCACACUUCUCCUACACGAACGAGUGAGCGUCUGGAGAGGCCGGCUCGUAGCGACCACAUGUCGUCUUGAGGACUCCUCGCUAACGCUACUGCAGCCAGUGCACACGCGAAUCCCCUGGUGCGAGAGGGACAAAACGCUCCAUCACGUGUAGAUUAUCCACAACUAUAAUUUUAUAUAGCACACUAAAAUAUUGAGCACAAAAAAUCUGGUAAUUUGGAUCCUAGUAACGACGUUUGGCAUUCAUAAUUUUACCGCAGGGUCAAGAGCACGACUCGCCUUUUUUCUUGGGCCGAGAUUUUUUUUAAAUGUUUAUUUUCGAGGAGCACGUGGAUUUUUUGAGUAAUUUUGGGUUUAAAGCCCUGGACUGUUGCCUUUCGGACGUGUUGUGACGUUAGUGUUACCUUAUUAUGUGAUAUAUAUUUUAGUGACAUUAUAAUAGGAACAAACUGUGAUAAUAUAAGUUGGUGAUUGUGAAGGUUUUCGGAUAGUGACAGCCCAAUGAAAACGGAAGAUCUCGAAACAAUUCCAUGACGUAAAGCAAACACAAAAUCGAAUAAGACAUAUUUUUGUAAAGAUAGUGCCAAAUUUUAUAUACAAAUUUAGAUAGAAAUAAAUUAGACAAGAUGAUGGAAGGAAGGACCAUCGAUUACAGGCCUGACGGUGGUGGCCUUGACUACCACAAUUCCCCGUUGAUGGCCGAAAUACCAGUAGACAAUUAUUCCCAUAUACAUAGAAGCAUAGAGCACCUAAGAUCAAUAGUGCCAACGCCUUUAGACCAUCACAGGCAUCUAGCAACGAAUCUAGCGGACUUGAGACGGUACGAACAUCCUGAUGAGAUGCCGGAGAUUAAGCCUUCGGUUUUGAGGUUGAGCGAAUUUAAGAGCGGCUUGCAGGAUAUGAGGUCGCACAACGAACAAGAGAACGACUCCCACAGACAGCUGACGUCACAAGACGACGGCCCCAAGGGUUACAGCGCGCCUUCGACUCCCCUAUCAGAGAACGGAGGGCAGAACAUUCAAGAGGAAAAGGUGUUCGGCUCCAAGGCCGACCUUCAGCUCCACACGCAGAUCCAUCUCCGAGAAGCCAAGCCCUACCGGUGUACGCAGUGUCCGAAGGCUUUCGCCAAUUCGUCAUACCUAGCCCAGCAUUCCCGUAUCCAUUUGGGCAUAAAGCCUUACCGCUGCGAAAUUUGCCAGAGGAAGUUCACUCAGCUGUCCCACCUCCAGCAACACAUCAGGACGCACACCGGCGACAAGCCCUACCGUUGCACGCAGAUCGGGUGCACGAAAGCUUUCUCCCAGCUAUCGAAUCUCCAAAGCCACAGUCGUUGCCACCAAACCGACAAGCCCUUCAAAUGCAACUCUUGCUAUAAAUGUUUCACACACGAGAAAGACUUGCUCGAACACAUCCCCAAGCAUAAAGAAUCGAAGCACCUCAAAACGCACAUAUGCCAGUACUGUGGGAAAAGUUAUACGCAAGAGACGUAUCUCAGUAAGCACAUGAAUAAGCACGCGGAGAGGGCUGACAAGCGGCCGCCUAUCUCGGCGUUAGGGCUGAGCGGCUUGAACAGGUCCCUAGCUGCAGCAGCGCCGACGGCCGCGCCCUUCGCAGACCACCCAUACUGGCCCAAAGUCAGUCCUGAUUCGGCAGCCCACAUGUCCGACGAGGGCGGGUACCAUCAGCAACGUGAAAGCGACGACCACCACGAGCAGCAGAUGCAGCAACAACGGGCGCUGUUCGCUCAGCACGAGAGCCAGGACGACAGAAUCCAGCCCCCGGUGUCUUCCGCCGCGAACUCCGCGUUCACGCCGAUAAACUCGAUGGCCCCGCAUUUGAAUGGCCUGUCGCACCACAGCGCGUUGCCGACUCGGCCGUAUCUCUACGACCCCCUGCACUUCCAGCAAGGGAAGCAGCAGCCCGGCUCCUUCCCGAACCAGCUCAUUUCCUUACACCAGAUCAGGAAUUACGCGCAUCAGCCCUCGGCGUUGCUGCCCGCCGAACACAUCCUACCGCACGCUCUAUCGCACAAAGAUAAACAGUAACAUUAUCGCCGUUUAGGUACACCACUUUAGUACUUACGAUGGUAUUACUAGUUAUAAAAAAACAAAUUUUAACGAAACAUAAUUUAGAAUCUCUCUGGAUGUAAGUGCGUUUAUAGUGAAUGCACGAAGGGUUUUUAUUCGCCGUCGACGGAUGAAAUUGCAUUUCUAGGGAAUACAUUUUUUUUUUUUUGUUAUUACAAUUUAAUACUCCAAAUUUUUGGGUAGUUAUUCAAAUUUAUCGGUCACGAAGAUUGGCUAGUUACGUUCUCUGAUUACGCUUCAGCGGAGCGGUCGGCUCUCCACGUUCUACUCGUAGACUGAUCAGCAUGACGAACGCAAGCGAUCUUCGAUCUCCGUGAGCCAAUGCUGACGAGUCUGCGAAUACGAACUGCUCAUUCCCAACACUGCUCCACGUUAGCGUAAUCACCGAAUCGUUGAUAUUAAAUGGCCUAAUUGCGUCAUAAUAAGCGUAGCAUAAUACGCAUUCCCAGUGAGAUUGAGUUAUAUAAGCCGGCCUUCGUCUCGUGUAUUGCAUUUUGUAUUUUAAGUUCUUGCUAAACAGAUCUCUAUGAUUACAUCACAUUUUUCACUCAGUUCCUACUUAGGUCGUAUUUUUUUUUAAUUAUUUUAGAUAUUCCUUUAAAUUCUCCUUCAAAAUUUAUCUUCGUUCGUUUUGGAUCGAAAAUAGAGCGUUAUUGUUCGUCAAACAUACUCAUUGUGAUGGUUUUUUGCAUCGUAAUUGUGUUGUGAUAUUUUCGAUUCAAACACGCGAACAUUCAAAUAUGUAACACUCGUUCUUGUUGAAAAAAUGCUCUUUCAUCGGAUAAAAUUAUUUAACUACAUUAAUAAUGUAUCGUUAAAUCUUAUCGUUCUGUUGAUGGAACAUGUUUUCCCAUUCUAAUUUAAAACAUUGAGUGGCCAAAAUUGUCUUCAUUGUCUUCUCACACGCAGGGCGCAUUUUUGUAUAUAAAAAAAACAUGUAAAUAAUUUACAAUUUUUCGAAAGAACCUUGGGAUUUUUAUUGUUUUUUUAUUAUUAUUAUUAUUAUUUACGUUUACUUAAUUCUAAAAUGCUUAUGCUCAAUUAUAUUAGCAUUAAGGUGCAUCGGGGUACAGGAAAGACACGGAAAAGUUGUAUUAUAAUAAUUUCAUUGUGUGUGUGUGUACUUAAUUGGCCGACAAACAACACUUCGAACGGAGGUUUGUGUUCAGUUUAAGUAAAAAUUAAAUUUACCCUCAGAUAUAAUUGACGUCACACUGUAUGUUGCCCUCAAACAAAAAUUACACUUGGGUACAAAAAGUUCGUUUAGAUAAACUCAAUGUAUACGAACAAAUUUGAUUUUAUUAUUAUUAUUAUUAUUAAUUAUUAAUUAUUUAAAUAAAUAAACGGUUCGUAGUAGAGUUAACGAAAUGAAAUGUGAUAGGAGACGGGAAUAAGGGAAGAAUGCUAUUUUUGGAGGAAAUUGUUCGAUUCUUUGAAAGAUCCUUUUUUUUUUUGCUGUUUCGUUUUGUUGUUGAAUUUAAAAAUGGUAACUUAGGUUGUGGUACCCGUAAGGCGUCCGGUCUGUCUGUCUGUCACAAUUAUAGCCAAAUAUAAGUUCUUGUAGAUUGAAGGGAAAUGGAUUCUGGGAUUGUUCCAGUGCACAAUGCGAGGGCGAGACAAGCCUCUGCAAAACAAAUAUCUCAUGUCGAAUGAAAAAAAUAAUUCGACGAACAAAAAUACCAGUUAAUUUUGAUUUUAUUUAAACGAAUUGCGAUUUUCUCUCUCUCUCUCUCUCUAUUGUAAGUAGAAUUGUGAUAUACUAUUAUUGUGUGUAUUUGUUUUAUUUUUUAUUAAGUUAAUUUGUAAAAUUACGAAUACGAUUUAAUUUUGUAAGUAGGUACGUUCUUUACGUUAUACGUUAGCUCUUGCUUCUCAGCAUCCUCUGUUUAAGAUUAUAGACGAGAGUGAACGAAAACAGUUUUUUUUUUGUUACUUAAAAUCAAUUAAAAAUUAAUUAAAAACUAU